UCUCAAAAACAAAAUAUACACAUGCUGACACAUGUUCCGACGUCCCUGGCGGACGGAAGAGAGACCAUGGUAGAGAAGCCCCCGUCCCCCGCGUCGCUCCUCCAGGGGCGACACGGGCGGAAGCCCCAAAUCGCCGCCGCCGACCUCCCCUCCUCUCCGCCCUCCCUCCUCGCCACCGUCGGAGGACAUGGCCGGGCGAAGCCCGUCGCAUGGACGGCGGUGGCGGGCUUCCCCAUCUCGCGUCGGCGCGGGUGGCCCCCUGUGUGGGCGUGGCGGCCAUUCUUGUGACGGCCACGGUGGCUGGUCUUGGCGCGUCGACUGGCGCCGUCCGGCGCGGAUCCGGGGCUUCUCGGCCCGGAUCUGGCGUCUGAUGCGCCUUCGGCCGCGGGGGAGUUGGUGUUGGCAAUGUUGCGCGUGGGUCCGUGUUGCUGCGCACGCGGCGGUCCAGCUCGGCGGGCUUUCAAGCUGCUGCGCGCGAGGGGUUGCCGGUGCUUGUUGCUGUGGGGCGCGGGUGGUGGUGCCGGGCUCGGCCUGGGCAGGGCCUUGCGGCGUGUCUGCGGCGGGCCGGCGGCUGGAGUACCCCGACGACCUCGCCGGCGACCUCCAGCGGGAUGGCGCUCGUGCGGCUGUUUGGCGGGCCGUCCCAUUUUGUCCUGUUGGUGGCUGCAUCGGGCGGAUCUGUAGCUGGAGCUCGUGUGGCAGCUUCGGGUGGAUCUGGUGGUGCCAGCUCGUGGUGGCAUCUUCGUGCGGCUGGAUCCGGAGCUUCGGGGUGGCAGCCCGUGCUCGUUGCCUGGUGAUUCUGGUCUGGUCGUGUGCGUCGCACCGGCUGAGGCUCUUCGUGGGAGGUGCUGCAACUGCAACGUUCGAUCCCCCCACCUUCAGUCUGCACUACGGGUGCUUCGGAUCUGGCCUCCGGCAGAAGUGCGGUGGUGCGCGUUGGGCGUGUCAGCGUGCCUGUUGUAUGGCUGCAGCCCGGAACCAUGGUGGUUCUUGGCCUCGGGCAGCACCUCUCUGCUCCUUCCGGCAUGGUGCUUGGUGGGGCACGGUGGCUCGCGUUGUGUCCGGUGGCUCUGCGUCCGGCCGGCCAUUGGUGGAUCUGGCGUCUAGUGUUGAUUUUGGCCGUCGGUGGUCUUCGCGAGGUGCGGCUGGCUGAGGCGGUUCGUCGUGCUUCUUCAUCGUUGGAGGAUUCGACGGCAGUGGUGGUCAGUUGCCAUCUUGCUGUAGGGAUGUGCUCAAACUCCGGGUGAGAACCCUGCAUCGGCUCUGCUGAUGCCGGCGACAGCGACGUCUACGGACAUCGUUUUCCUCGUAGGAGGUGCCGUCGUGGAGCUACAGCACCUACAGUUUUUUGUUUGUGCUCUCCGGGUAAAAACCCAAGAUCGGGCUUGUUGGAUCGGAUGACGGUGUUGUGUGCUCGACAACACUACCUUCUUGGAGGCGUUGUCUUGGAGACCCAAACAACGACUUCUGUUGCUAUGUGUGGCUGUGGGUGGUGUGUUCUUCUUCAAGUGCUUCUCUUCGGCUGGCCUACGUGUGGUCUUCGGCCUGCUUCUAUGCAUGCUCAUGACCCUGUUCUGUUGAGGCCAGCCUCGGGCUUUUGGUUUUGUCUUGGUUCAUCUUUGCUCAAUGACGAUGCAAUGACGCCUCCCCGACUUGCUAAUCGUCUUGAACUUUCAUGGCAGAGCGCUCAGUCAAGGUGGAGGGACUUCUUCCCCGGUGAUUCUAAAAAAAAAAGAGAGAGAGACCAUGGUGCUUCAUUUUGCUGGGCGGUCGCACAUUUUCAAGAGAUAGAACCAAAGAGUCUUAUUUAUCUGCUCUGCUGGAUCGAUCGAUCGGCAACCAUGAUCAUCGACCGACUUGGAAUCAAGCAUGUCCAGCCCAGGUAGGUAGCAAUAGAGACCCUACCUAUGUCAUAAUGUCAACAUCUAGUUCUCCAUUUUCCAAAAUAAAUAAACAGAUUUCCGUAAAAGCUCCACGACAAUACCCUCAAAAGGGAGAAAGCACCGUCACGGUUGAGUUCACAAUGGAUAAAUCUUCUCUAUACGUUUUUUACCACAAUGGAUAAAUCUUCUCUAUUCGUUUUUUAAAUCCUGGGAGGUAGAGAAAUGUAGAUUUGUGAUAAAAGCUUGUAUUCAACUUGUGCUUAUACCAAUUUCACUACUGUAGAGGCUCAACUUGGUCAAAUUUUUUGUAACACAUUAAGCUUAUAUAUGUGUAUUUUUGCAACUCA